AUGGCUAUGAGCGAGCCAUCCUUUCUCGAAGUCGCUGCCUCUAUUCGAGAAGUGCUUCAACAAAACCUGUCUCUUGCCCAACAGUACAUUCCGCCUCAACCCAGCAACCCUCCACCAGUUGAGCAAGUGCCGAUCCAGCAGCGAUUUAUCGACUUUUCGCAGCAUGCCCAUUCGCUCAAGCUCCCAUCCGAAGCCGCGGGCGAGGUCGCUGCUCUCAUGGCAAAGCAAUCACGCAAGUAUCAAGAAGUUGUCGAGCAAGCCCACCUCCGUCUCAUCCACGAUAUAUACUCUUCAUGCGAUACUUCGACUGCAGCAAACUUAGCUCAGCAUGCGAGGAUGGCCCGCGAUGCUAUCUAUGAUCGCUCUGUCAACAAGAUCCUCGAUAUUGCUAAUCAACUGGCUGCCGACGUUGAGCCUGAGGGUGCUGCAUCAGAUGGAGAGGGGCUUUCCGACUCGGGCUCAUCCUCGAGUGAGGAUGAGGACGAGACUGAGGACGAGACUGAGGGUGUAGAGGAGGAACCCGAAGAAGAUGAAAAUUCCCCGAUGAGGCCUGGUGAAGAAGUGCCACCACUUGAAACUAAAUACCUGCCUAUCUUUGAAGCACUCCAUGAACGUGGCAAAGUUUUAACAAAACCCGAAAAGACCUACCUUGUCAAUCUGACUGGUAUGACUUAUCGUCAAAUUACAAUUUGGUUCCAAAACCGGCGUCGGGGCGAGUUGAAGGAAGACAUGGCCGCCCGCAUCAACCCUUAUGCAGCUUCGAUUCACUCUGACGACAGCUCCGAGCUCUCUGAUGAUUUUCUUGAGAAGAAGUUGACUGGCAUUCAGCCAUCUGAUACAACAUUCAAUAUUCGUUCUUGGCGUCUUGCUUCUGCGGUCGCCCCGCCCGACGCAAGGACCCCCUCCUUUCCUCCCAGUCCCACCAAGGUUGGGUUUACUGAUACUACAAUGCCUCGCAUGCCCUCCGAAGAUAGCGACAGCGACCUCACCGACUCAGAUGAUGAUGAAUCUCCCAUUAGCAAGGGCAAACGAGGAGUUCCUUCUCUUACUACUUCCUCUGCGACCUUCGACUCUGGAUCAGACCAAGGCCCGGCGACGGUUGUAUCAGGACCAUCUUCACAAGCGCGCCCAGAUCAACUGAAUGACCCCCUGAUCAUCGCCGGAAAGAAGGGAUCGCCCCAACAGCUCGUUCCCAUCUCCCGUCCAAUGAAGUCGCUUCCUUCGGCACGCCGCACUUCUCCAGCCCCCUUGCAUCCUCAUCAACAGCCAAUUUCUCAACCUACAACAGGAUUCAACUUUAACUUUAGCGCUCCGGCACCGGCGCCGGCACCAGCUCCCGCCCAAAAUUCACAAGAUCGAUUCCUUUCUGUGUCAAUUGCGCCCUCUGCUCUGCCUCAGUUCGUCACCUCCAACGAGCGCGGUCUGACUGUUGAAAUGGAUACCACACCGCCGAGGUCUACAAUAACAUUACAGGCUCAAUCUACUACUACUACAGGUAGUGGAUCUGCCCCUUUUGUCUCGCCUCCAUCACCCGUCCUGCAAACUGGUUCCCCUCAAUCCUCCUCGCCUUCGCCGUCGGGACAUUCCGCUUCAUCCCCCCGACCUGCAGUUAAGCCUUUGGCGCGCCGGACUGGUUGUGCCCCUCGCCCCCGCCCACCACCGCGUCCGACACCGGCCGUUAGUACAUCAGCUGCUCCCACCCCUUCAAUCCGCUCGUCCGUAGUGCUUCCGCCAUCUAGUAAUCCAUCGCUAGCGAGCACCACGCUGGGUGCUUUAUUGCGACCUAGCGUCCCUCCCCCGAAUAUUCCACCUGAAAUGGAAGAAAGACUGACCGCGAUGGCGGGCCGUAUGGGCGUGGGGUCUUCUGUUAACGGAGCAAGGCGGGCUGGCCCACCCGGGCUUCCUUCACAACCGCAACGCCCUAUGUCGUUCUCCUUUGGCUCGACAUCUUUGCCAGGACUUGGUUUGUCUACCGGGGUGAGCGGGGCUACAAUGCCAGGGUUGCCACCAAACUCUGAGCAGUAG